UGUGAGUGUUACUGAGAACUACAGAGGCGGAGGAUUAACAAUAGUUAUUAUUCACCAUUAGUGUAGUAAUUACGUCCAUUCUAAUAAUUAAGAAUAUCUGCUGAGUGCCGGUAGAUUGUGCGGAGAAGGCGAGUCGGGAUUAAUCAGUACAGGGAGGGAUGUUAGUCUCCCGGAGGCUCUAACGCAGGUUCCCCCGGUGUGAAGCUCAGCUCUCCCGGUACAACAUGGACAUACACCGCUUCAGCUCCCAGGUCAAUGGGCAUCAGAUCACAGAUGAGCCGAUGGAAGAGGGAGAGUCCUGUACACACUUUGAUGAAGGGUCGUAUAAGGAGAUUCCCAUCACUCAUCAUGUGAAGGAGGGCUGUGAGAAGGCCGACUCGUCCCAGUUCGAGCUGCUCAAAGUGCUGGGUCAGGGCUCUUUUGGGAAGGUGUUCUUGGUACGGAAGUUAAUCGGACCAGAUACCGGUCAGCUUUAUGCAAUGAAAGUCCUGAAAAAGGCCUCGUUAAAAGUGAGGGACCGGGUUCGUACCAAGAUGGAGCGAGACAUUCUGGUGGAAGUGAAUCAUCCCUUUAUUGUAAAGUUGCACUAUGCGUUUCAGACAGAAGGGAAGCUCUAUUUAAUUUUGGAUUUUCUCAGGGGUGGAGAUGUAUUUACUCGUUUAUCCAAAGAGGUUAUGUUUACAGAGGAGGAUGUGAAAUUCUACCUUGCAGAGCUGGCCCUCGCACUGGAUCACCUUCACAACCUAGGCAUUGUUUACAGAGACCUGAAGCCUGAAAACAUUUUGCUUGAUGAAGCUGGACAUAUCAAGUUAACAGACUUUGGGCUCAGUAAAGAGUCAGUAGACCAGGACAGAAAAGCUUAUUCAUUCUGUGGCACUGUGGAGUAUAUGGCCCCUGAGGUGGUCAACAGGAAAGGACACACGCAGAGUGCUGACUGGUGGUCUCUUGGUGUUCUGAUGUAUGAAAUGCUAACAGGUACGUUACCAUUCCAAGGGAGAGACCGAAAUGAGACCAUGAACAUGAUUCUCAAAGCGAAGUUGGGAAUGCCCCAGUUUUUAAGUUCUGAAGCACAGAGUCUGUUACGAAUGCUGUUCAAAAGAAACCCAGCCAAUCGUUUAGGAGCAGGUCCUGAUGGAGUCGAGGAGAUCAAACGGCAUGUCUUCUUCUCCACCAUCGACUGGAACAAACUGUACCGGUGUGAACUGCAGCCUCCAUUCAAACCAGCUACAGGAAAACCAGACGACACAUUCUGCUUUGACCCAGAGUUCACCGCCAAAACGCCAAAAGACUCUCCUGGAAUUCCUGCCAGUGCUAACGCUCACCAGCUCUUUAAAGGGUUCAGCUUCGUAGCUCCUGUCUCACUGGAGGAGAACAAGAUCUCCUCUCUGUCUGACAUCCUCCCUAUUGUACAGAUGCACAGUGAAUCGACACUAUUCUCUGACGUUUACGAGGUGAAAGAGACCAUCGGUGUGGGUUCCUAUUCCAUAUGCAAGCGCUGCAUUCACGCAGUCUCAGCUAUGGAGUUUGCAGUAAAGAUUAUUGACAAAAGUAAGCGAGACCCCUCUGAGGAGAUUGAGAUCCUGAUGCGGUACGGGCAGCACCCGAAUAUCAUCACACUAAAGGAUGUGUACGAUGAGGGGAGGUUCGUGUACCUGGUGACGGAGCUGAUGAAGGGAGGUGAACUGCUGGAUAAGAUCCUCAGACAGAAGUUUUUCUCCGAGCGGGAGGCCAGCGCUGUACUUUACACCAUCACAAAAACUGUCGACUACCUGCACUGCCAGGGGGUGGUUCACAGGGACCUGAAGCCCAGCAACAUUCUGUACAUGGACGACUCGGGGAACCCUGACUCCAUCAGAAUCUGUGACUUUGGCUUCGCCAAACAGUUAAGAGGGGGAAACGGCUUGUUGCUUACACCCUGCUACACUGCGAACUUUGUAGCACCCGAGGUUUUGAUGCGGCAGGGUUACGAUGCAGCGUGUGAUAUCUGGAGUUUGGGGGUUCUUCUUUAUACCAUGCUGGCUGGGUACACCCCCUUUGUGCACGGUCCUAACGACACCCCCGAGGAGAUUCUGUCACGAAUCGGCAGUGGCAAAUUUUCUCUCAGUGGAGGCAACUGGGACACCAUCUCAGAUUCCUCAAAGGAUCUUCUUUCUCACAUGCUUCACGUGGAUCCUAAUCAGCGCUAUUCAGCCGAGCAGGUACUGAAACACUCAUGGAUUGCCUGCAGGGACCAGCUACCCCACUAUCAGCUCACCCGGCAUGACGCGCCUCACCUGGUUAAGGGAGCGAUGGCUGCUACGUACUCGGCGCUGAACCAUAAGACGUGUCAACCGGUGCUGGAACCAGUCGCAGCUUCCAGUUUGGCUCAGCGCAGGAGCAUGAAGAAGUUAACUUCCACUGACAUGUUGUGAACAAACCUGUCCUCACUUCUUUACUGUGUUCCUCUCCUCAUCUUCCCCUUCUGUCUAUUUAUUAGUUUCCUCCUCUUCCCUCCCCACCCCCUUCUCCAUCACUGGGCGUUCAACCCGCCUCCCGCUUGCUGUGAUUGGACCUCAGACUGCACAUGAAUGAGGCCCGAGCCCUCAUUGCUGAAUUUAAACCCAGAACACUGCAGUUGUGGAUGUUUUUGUUGGUUUUUUUCUUAGUAUGCAAAUAUUGUGUCUUAUCUCCAUCGUUCUUCAGUUUGCCCAAAUCAGCACCAGCACCUAUUCAAUCCUCGUUCACUGUGACUGGCCGACCGGAAGCUGCUUUAAGUAAACUGUGCACGGUUCUAAUUUCCUCGCUGUUCCUCCUGCACCCCCUUCCUUCUCUAUCUAUGAUUUGAGAAUUCAUUCAGAUUCAUCAGAUCUCAGAGCAGUAAGGCUGCAGGACGGUAGAUUCCAGACUCACUGUCUCCGUAUGGAGAUUUCUUCACUCCGACCUUAAAUUCACACUGGAUGUUUCUCCCAGAUAACCCCGAAUUUACACCAGCAGUGACACGGGCGUCGUCCUUAUUUUCACUUCAAGCAUUUACUGUCAUAUGCAAACAUUAGACACCCACGGUCAAAGUUAAAAUAAGUCAGCACAUACUCUACAUCAUAAAAGCUACAUAUUGCAUUUCUCUGCAAAUUCUAGUGCACAAUUUCUAUGCAUGUUAUUUAAAAAAAAUAAUUAAACAAAAGUACAAAAUACUAAAUGUGCCAUUACUUUUACACAUCCCACAUUCAAUGUGUUAUUUUCCAGUAUGUCCAGUGUUGUGCAUUAGAAUGUGCAGAAGUUCCCUGUAGAGGAUGUAUUUGCUUAUUUUUUACUUAAAAUCAUUCAAACAUGGAAUUUAUUCAGAUUUGUCUGAACCGUUGCUGUAUUUUCCCCCCCAAAACAAACAAAAUAACAUUAAGAUGCCUUAAUUGUUUUGGGGUUAAGUCAAUCCUCCACCGUAGCCUUUUGUAUAGUCAGGUUUUUACAAUGAUCACCAGAAGCAUUUAAGGUGGUAAUGGCACAGUGGUUAAGGUACUGGACUAGUAAUCGCAAGGUUGCCAGUUCAGGCCCCACGACUGCCAAGUUGCCGCUGUGGUUCCCCUGAGGUAGAACCUUAGCCCUCAAUUGCUCACAUUUUAUUCAGUCAUAGAUGUAAUUUGCUUUAGAUAAAAAUGUGUGGUAAAUGUAAAAGCAGCUUAAAAACAAGUGGUACCAGAUAAGGUCUUUGGUUGUAGUCCAUCCACCUCAGGCAGGGUUCAGAGAUAAUUUGUAAAGAGCAGUCAGGUUGAUUCAGUUCCUACCAAAUCAACUCAUCUAGUACUAACAACCAAGUCUCGCUUAAGGUCACUCAUGUAAACAUUAACUGAAGGUCCUGAUCAGUGUCUCAAUGAUUUCUUCCACUGUGCUGCUGCCAUGUGAGUGGAGGAUUGUACGGUUAAAUAAAUAAGCAGGUGUUACAGCUGAGACCAGUACAGCACAGCCACAUAGAUGCCGAGGACCUGGGUUCGAUAUUAUAUCGUUGUAUUUUUUUUUUUUUUUUUUUUUUUAAAGCAAGAUUAUUAUACCAUAUGAAUAUACAUCAUUCCAUCUCUAGUACGAUCUGUUGGCAGAUACUAAGCAUUAGCAAAAAUGCAGACCUGCUAUAGAUUUGAAUCAUGUCGUUUUGCUUAAUGAGUCUUCACUUGUACAUUUUUGGCUGCUGGUGUGAUUUAAAGGGGUUAAAAUUGAGACCGAGUUGUACCAGCAUUUUGAAAACACAUCCGGUGUGAAUUUGAAUCAGAAUUCCAGUGUGUACAUUUCAGCAUCAGACAGCUUCUAAGAUCCACCCUACCUGAUCCUCCCUGUUAUAUCAAACAUAUUUAAGCACAUUUGCACUGAAGCUUAGCAGAUUGUUGCUUUUGCUCAAAUGGUUUUGUUCAUUUCUCAGCCUGAUUCCAUUUUUUAUGAAAUGAAGUUUUGUGUCGAAUGAAACAUAAGCUAAAGCUGAAAAAGUAAAAAAAAAAAAAAAAAUUGAAUGAAUGUGGACCAGUAGAGAGUGUUGCAAGCUGCUUGGAUGUUUGGAACAAGUAUUAUUAAAAUAAAGGACAGCACCGCAAAGACUUAUGGGAUUUGGGGAAGGGAGAAAACCUCGUGUCCCAAACGAAGACAGAUUCUAUAUAAAUAUAUCGAAAUUUCCAUAAAUAUCUCUUCAAAAGACAUUGUGGAAAUUGUAUCAUAUUGUAUUUAUUUCAUUUAAUUUUUAAAAUUCUAUUUUUCUUUUAGGUUCUGUAUAUAUUGGCAUUAAAGAUCAUGAAUGACA